AUGACUACAAACAACCCUUCGAAGGACAAUAAAGCUGAUUACUUGAGACGCUACCUCGAACCUGUGGGUACUAAAAAGAAACGGAAAGUAGUUAACGACAUCACAGUGAAAUACAUCUCUGGUGAUCUCCCUGAAACUCUAGACGCAUUCUAUAAAACAGAUGCAGAUAUGGUUCGACAAGCAACUUUACUCAAAGACAAAAAGUCAAAACAAGGAGACAAAUCGAGAAAGGAGGCAGAGUUGGAAGCUAGAUACGAUGUAUGGAAUAAAGGCAUCAAAACUCUAGAAGAAACUUAUAAUAAACUUAAGGAACAGGAAUAUGAAAGUUCAAAACCACUGGCACGAUAUGCUAGUGAUAAAGAUCUUACAGAACAUUUAAAGUCACAAAUACAUUCUGAAGAUCCUAUGGCUCAGUAUUUUGUUCGAAAAUCAGCUAAGAAGAAGCGGCAAAAGAAAGGUCACAAAAAGAAAAAACAUAAACAUUCAUCUCAUUCCGACAUCUCACACUCAUCCCAAUCAGACGAUAGUGGUGAUGAUGAAGGAGAAGAUGCUCGACCCCGUUACAAAGGUCCUGAACCACCUCCAAAUCGUUAUAAUAUAUGGCCUGGUUUCCGUUGGGAUGGCGUGGAUCGUAGUAAUGGCUUUGAAAAAAAAAUAGUUGAAGAUCAAACUCGCCGACGAGUUGAACGUGAAAUAGCUCAACGCUGGGCAGUUGAAGAUAUGUAA